GCCUCGGGGGGGGCGGAGAGAAGAAAGGGAGGGGCGGGGCAUGGGAGAAGGCGGAGGAAAAGGCUGUAGCGAAGGAAGUUAUAAGUAAGGAACGCGCGCCGGCGGCCGGCAGUUCCCCGACCAGAGAGAACGAACGUGUCUGCGGGCGCGCGGGGAGCAGAGGCGGUGGCGGGCGGCGGCGGCACCGGGAGCCGCCGAGUGACCCUCCCCGCCCCUCUGGCCCCCCACCCUCCCACCCGCCCGUGGCCCGCGCCCAUGGCCGCGCGCGCUCCACACAACUCCCCGGACUCCGCGCCCUGCGCCGCCGACCAGUUCGCAGCUCCGCGCCACGGCAGCCAGUCUCACCUGGCGGCACCGCCCGCCCACCGCCCCGGCCACAGCCCCUGCGCCCACGGCAGCACUCGAGGCGACCGCGACAGUGGUGGGGGACGCUGCUGAGUGGAAGAGAGCGCAGCCCGGCCACCGGACCUACUUACUCGCUUUGCUGAUUGUCUAUUUUUGAGUUUACAACUUUUCUAAGAACUUUUGUAUACAAAGGAACUUUUUAAAAAGGACGCUUCCAAGUUAUAUUUAAUCCAAAGAAGAAGGAUCUCGGCCAAUUUGGGGUUUUGGGUUUUGGCUUCGUUUCUUCUCUUCGUUGACUUUGGGGUUCGGGUGCCCCAGCUGCUUCGGGCUGCCGAGGACCUUCUGGGCCCCCACAUUAAUGAGGCAGCCACCUGGCGAGUCUGACAUGGCUGUCAGCGACGCGCUGCUCCCAUCUUUCUCCACGUUCGCGUCUGGCCCGGCGGGAAGGGAGAAGACACUGCGUCAAGCAGGUGCCCCGAAUAACCGCUGGCGGGAGGAGCUCUCCCACAUGAAGCGACUUCCCCCAGUGCUUCCCGGCCGCCCCUAUGACCUGGCGGCGGCGACCGUGGCCACAGACCUGGAGAGCGGCGGAGCCGGUGCGGCUUGCGGCGGUAGCAACCUGGCGCCCCUACCUCGGAGAGAGACCGAGGAGUUCAACGAUCUCCUGGACCUGGACUUUAUCCUCUCCAAUUCGCUGACCCAUCCUCCGGAGUCAGUGGCCGCCACCGUGUCCUCGUCAGCGUCAGCCUCCUCUUCGUCGUCGCCGUCGAGCAGCGGCCCUGCCAGCGCGCCCUCCACCUGCAGCUUCACCUAUCCGAUCCGGGCCGGGAACGACCCGGGCGUGGCGCCGGGCGGCACGGGCGGAGGCCUCCUCUAUGGCAGGGAGUCCGCUCCCCCUCCGACGGCUCCCUUCAACCUGGCGGACAUCAACGACGUGAGCCCCUCGGGCGGCUUCGUGGCCGAGCUCCUGCGGCCAGAAUUGGACCCGGUGUACAUUCCGCCGCAGCAGCCGCAGCCGCCAGGUGGCGGGCUGAUGGGCAAGUUCGUGCUGAAGGCGUCGCUGAGCGCCCCUGGCAGCGAGUACGGCAGCCCAUCGGUCAUCAGCGUCAGCAAAGGCAGCCCUGACGGCAGCCACCCGGUGGUGGUGGCGCCCUACAACGGCGGGCCGCCGCGCACGUGCCCCAAGAUCAAGCAGGAGGCGGUCUCUUCGUGCACCCACUUGGGCGCUGGACCCCCUCUCAGCAAUGGCCACCGGCCGGCUGCACACGACUUCCCCCUGGGGCGGCAGCUCCCCAGCAGGACUACCCCGACCCUGGGUCUUGAGGAAGUGCUGAGCAGCAGGGACUGUCACCCUGCCCUGCCGCUUCCUCCCGGCUUCCAUCCCCACCCGGGGCCCAAUUACCCAUCCUUCCUGCCCGAUCAGAUGCAGCCGCAAGUCCCGCCGCUCCAUUACCAAGGUCAGUCCCGGGGAUUUGUAGCUCGGGCUGGGGAGCCCUGUGUGUGCUGGCCCCCCUUCGGGACACACGGGAUGAUGCUCACCCCACCUUCUUCACCCCUAGAGCUCAUGCCACCCGGUUCCUGCAUGCCGGAGGAGCCCAAGCCAAAGAGGGGAAGACGAUCGUGGCCCCGGAAAAGGACCGCCACCCACACUUGUGAUUACGCGGGCUGCGGCAAAACCUACACAAAGAGUUCCCAUCUCAAGGCACACCUGCGAACCCACACAGGUGAGAAACCUUACCACUGUGACUGGGACGGCUGUGGAUGGAAAUUCGCCCGCUCAGAUGAACUGACCAGGCACUACCGUAAACACACUGGGCACCGCCCGUUCCAGUGCCAAAAAUGCGACCGAGCAUUUUCCAGGUCGGACCACCUCGCCUUACACAUGAAGAGGCAUUUUUAAAUCCCAGACAGUGGAUAUGACCCACACUGCCAGAAGAGAAUUCAGUAUUUUUUACUUUUCACACUGUCUUCCCGAUGAGGGAAGGAGCCCAGCCAGAAAGCACUACAAUCAUGGUCAAGUUCCCAACUGAGUCAUCUUGUGAGUGGAUAAUCAGGAAAAAUGAGGAAUCCAAAAGACAAAAAUCAAAGAACAGAUGGGGUCUGUGACUGGAUCUUCUAUCAUUCCAAUUCUAAAUCCGACUUGAAUAUUCCUGGACUUACAAAAUGCCAAGGGGGUGACUGGAAGUUGUGGAUAUCAGGGUAUAAAUUAUAUCCGUGAGUUGGGGGAGGGAAGACCAGAAUUCCCUUGAAUUGUGUAUUGAUGCAAUAUAAGCAUAAAAGAUCACCUUGUAUUCUCUUUACCUUCUAAAAGCCAUUAUUAUGAUGUUAGAAGAAGAGGAAGAAAUUCAGGUACAGAAAACAUGUUUAAAUAGCCUAAAUGAUGGUGCUUGGUGAGUCUUGGUUCUAAAGGUACCAAACAAGGAAGCCAAAGUUUUCAAACUGCUGCAUACUUUGACAAGGAAAAUCUAUAUUUGUCUUCCGAUCAACAUUUAUGACCUAAGUCAGGUAAUAUACCUGGUUUACUUCUUUAGCAUUUUUAUGCAGACAGUCUGUUAUGCACUGUGGUUUCAGAUGUGCAAUAAUUUGUACAAUGGUUUAUUCCCAAGUAUGCCUUAAGCAGAACAAAUGUGUUUUUCUAUAUAGUUCCUUGCCUUAAUAAAUAUGUAAUAUAAAUUUAAGCAAACGUC